UUUCUGGAAACCACCAAGCAGGCAAGCACAAGCAACGUACGCCAUCUUCGAUCUUCGUGUCCCGUGUUGGUGAUUUCGUCAUUCUUCAAAUUGAGAAUUUAACUUCUAAAUUUGCUCUUUUUUACACUUUUAAUCAACGGAAAGUAUCUGAUAGAGCAAUUUUGAUACCAGCUUUUGGGCGUAAAUGUUCAAGCUCUUUUUCAGCGCUAUUUGAUAUUAAUUUUAUUGCAUACAUUUUUCAUCAUCCAAAACUCAUCAUUGAUUUGCUGACUCAUCUUUGCGCUAGUAAAUCGUAUUAACUUAGUUCUAUAUCCUAUAAUAAUUAAAAGGGAGACGCUAUCUUCAAAUUUCAUAAAAAGAUCAUUCCAAUCUUCAAGUAAAGAUGGCUGAGGACUUUGAUGUCGAAGCAAUGUUAGAAGCACCUUUUAAAAAAGGGGAGGAAGGAUCAAAGGAUAAAGAGAAAUACAAGGAGAAUGGCAGCAACGGCAGCUACAAGUCUUCAUCUGGGAAAAGUAGACACAGGAGCCGGUCGCGCGACAGGAAAGAGAAGAAGCGCAGUCGUUCGAAGGAUCGUCGCCGCAGCCGCUCGAAGGACAAGAGCAGCCGCAAGGACAAGGAUGAGGGAGACCGCAGGCACAGCCGGCGUAGCCGCAGCCGCAGCCGCGAUCAUCGCCGCAAGCGCUCGCUCACGCCCAUUCUGCUCAAUCGCUUUCCAAGAUACAAGAAAACGUCGCCGCCCCUCGGAUUGAGACCGACAGAUGACCUUUCGCCAGAAGAACGUGAUGCCAGAACAGUGUUCUGCAUGCAACUGUCGCAGAGGAUCAGGGGACGUGACCUCGAAGAGUUCUUCUCAUCGGUUGGAAAGGUACGAGAUGUAAGACUUAUCACCUGCAACAAGACGAGGAGGUUCAAAGGUAUUGCCUACAUUGAGUUUAAAGAUCCGGAAUCAGUUCCCUUGGCAUUGGGGCUAAAUGGACAAAAGCUACUGGGAGUGCCAAUCAUUGUUCAACAAACACAAGCCGAGAAGAAUCGCGCCGGCAAUUCGAUGCCAAAUCUAGUGCCUAGAGGUGUGCCUUGCCCGAUGCGGCUCUACGUCGGCUCGCUGCACUUCAACAUCACCGAGGACAUGCUGCGAGGAAUAUUCGAGCCAUUCGGCAAAAUAGACAGCAUUCAACUCAUGACAGAUCCGGAGACUGGCCGAUCCAAGGGCUACGGCUUUAUAGCGUUCCACAAUUCAGAAGAUGCGAAGAGGGCGCUGGAGCAGUUGAAUGGAUUCGAACUGGCGGGAAGACCGAUGAAAGUUGGCAAUGUCACCGAGCGCACCGAGUUUAUUUCUCAAGGCCCAUCGAUGCUGGACAGUGACGAGCUGGACAGGAGUGGCAUUGAUCUCGGUGCCACUGGACGCUUGCAGCUCAUGUUCAAAUUGGCCGAAGGGACUGGCAUGCAGAUACCGCCAGCAGCUGCAUCGGCAUUGAACCUGAACCCUGGUAUUCCUGUGGUACAACAGCCCACGCCACCCAUUGCAACUCAAUGCUUCAUGUUGGCAAACAUGUUUGAUCCAGCUACGGAAACGAACCCGAACUGGGAGCUUGAAAUUCGAGAUGAUGUUGUAGAAGAAUGCAAUAAGCAUGGAGGUGUACUCCAUGUGUAUGUGGAUAAGGCUUCGCCGCAAGGAAAUGUGUACGUCAAAUGUCCAACGAUCAAUACAGCCGUUGCUGCAGUCAACUCCUUACAUGGUCGUUGGUUUGCAGGUCGUGUAAUUACAGCUGCGUAUGUGCCUUUGAUCAACUACCACAGUCUUUUCCCGGAUACUAUUACACAGAUGGCCCUGCUCUCAACCUCGUCACAAAGGAGAGGAAUAUGAAUGUUACAGACAAUUUCGCGUUCCUUGUAAAUAAGUCCCUUAAUUUUCGUUGUAUUUACUUUCAAUAAUUUUGCACACUAGGACCUCAGGUUGUAUAAAACAAUCAUCGCUUGUAAAAGAUGACAGAAGAAGAACUAUUAUGCCCUACUUAUUUUUCUAUUAUCGUCAGUAAUAUUGACGUACUGAUUUAUUAUUUGAUUAUAAUCUAUAGUGCCUCUGAAACCGUGGUUCCAACCUGAUAAUCCUAUUGCGCUGGCAAGUUUGUGCUUUUUGUAAAUAGUCAAGUUGAAUAUAGUUUUCAAAAGAAGUUGUAAAAUAUGAUUUUAAGAAGUAAUAAGUAAUUAACCUUCUAUGUACAGUUCAUCAAAUUCAUUUAUAUUUCUCAUACUGUGUAUGAGAAUAGAAGGUUUAUGAAUUUUAUAGAUCUCAUUUAAAAUCGAGUCUGCACAUUUUUUUCAUUUUUAUAUUUCAAUGAUUUUUUGUGCAAUACUGCGAUUAUUAUGAAUUAACCAUCUUCGAGAUAGUAUUUCUAGUUGACAA